CUCCACCUCUCCCUCAUUGUCAGUGGCCAGCUGUGUGUGCAGCUGGCAGCCAUCUCCUGGGCAGGCGGUUUUGGCAUUUCCAUGGUCAAAGUUUUUUUCAUUUGUCGCCUCACUUACUGUGGUCCCAACAUCAUCAACCACUUUUUCUGUGAUGUCUCCCCAUUGCUCAAUCUUUCAUGCACGGACAAGUCCAUAGCAGAGCUUACAGACUUUGUCCUGGCCAUUUUUAUCCUGCUGGGACCACUCUCGGUCACUGGGGCCUCCUACAUGGCCAUCACUGGUGCGGUGAUGCGCAUCCGCUCCGCUGCUGGGCGUCAUAAAGCCUUUUCCACCUGUGCCUCUCACCUGACUGUUGUGGUCAUCUUCUAUGCAGCCAGUAUCUUCAUCUAUGCCCGGCCAAAGGCCCUCUCAGCCUUUGACACCAACAAGCUGGUCUCUGUACUCUAUGCUGUCAUUGUACCAUUGCUCAACCCUAUUCUUUUAUGCUUGCGCAACCAGGAGGUCAAGAGAGCCCUGCGCCAUACUCUGCACUUGUACCAGGGCCAGGAUACUGAGUUUGGGAAGGCUAACAGAGAUGGGUAA